GCCCUCCUCGGUUCCCAGCGGCGGUUCCCGACGCCCCAGGUAUAAGCAUACAUGGCUCCUGGUGUCUCAAAUGAGAAGAAAACUGAUGAUGAACAGUCUUCAAAAGAGAAUUUUAUCCAUCUCUGCAACCCUCACCUGGAGAAAAUGAAAGAAGACAUCCUGUACCAUUUUGCUCUUGGGACUGGUACCCAUGAUUUUCCGGCGUUGUUUGGAGAUGUAAAGUUUGUAUGUGUUGGAGGAAGUCCUUCACGGAUGAAAGCUUUUAUCGCCUACAUAGCUGAAGAACUGGGGCUUGGGAGCCCUGGUUGUGACUAUCCUAACAUCUGUGCCGGAACUGACCGUUACGCAAUGUACAAAGUGGGACCUGUUUUGUCAGUGAGUCACGGUAUGGGCAUUCCUUCUAUUUCAAUCAUGUUGCAUGAGCUGAUCAAACUGUUGUAUCAUGCCAAGUGUUCCAACAUAACCAUUAUUCGCAUUGGCACCUCUGGUGGAAUAGGUCUGGAGCCAGGCUCAGUGGUUAUAACUAGGCAGUCUGUAGAUGCCACCUUCAAACCUCAGUUUGAACAGGUUAUUCUGGGAAAGACUGUAAUUCGCAGUACAAACCUAGAUGAACAGCUAGCUAAGGAACUGAUGCAGUGCAGUAAAGAAAUCGGGCAGUUCAAUACAGUCAUUGGAAACACUAUGUGCACUUUGGAUUUCUAUGAAGGACAGGGCAGGUUGGAUGGUGCAAUCUGCUUAUAUAAUGAAGAAGAGAAACUGCAAUAUUUGAAGGAAGCUUACGAUUCUGGCGUCAGAAACAUAGAGAUGGAAUCUUCUGUAUUUGCUGCAAUGUGUAAUCUCAGUGGUGUAAAAGUGGAGGGUGCAGUCCUAGCAGGAGUCACAAGUCAGAAGGGUCUGAAUAAACUCUCAGAACAGCUGUCACUGAUCCAGCUAAAUGAGAUUUUCUUUUUGAGGAUUGUAGUCUGCAACAGUCUGUUAACAAGCGUAAGAGUUAGAUCUAAGAGGGAGUGAUGUAGGAGUAGGCACAUUCACCAAGAAGUGGCAGAAACUGGAAGCAAUGUGACGAAAACAUUAAAAAAGGAAGGGAUGACUCUUGUGAACAGGAAACUGCCAAUGAAUUUUCAACUGGAGACCAGAUAAAAAGAUUUUUUAAAAUUUACUAAUUUAGUCUCCCUUUAAUUUUAAAAACACAUUUUCUCAUUUAUGAUCAGGAUAUACAAUGAAUGUAAGUUUUCAGAGAAAGCCUUUUUUUCUCUAAGCUUAAGGGACGAGUCAGGUGGAAAUGGCUCCAUAUUUUGUUUGAACUGUUCCUCCCUCUGUGCUUAACUAUGCCUAGUGCUUGCAUGGGCAUUGCACGAAGUACUGUGAGGUCCCUUGGGAAACAUGCAACAAAGCACAUCCUUGCUCUGCAACCUCCUGUUCCCAGAACAGUAGCAAAGAGAUAAAAAGGAGAUCACUUAAGAAGCAACUUCCUGCACUCUAGGCUGAAGAAAAGCUUAUACCAAAUUGACCAGUAUGGGUUUGGAGAGGACAGUUUGCUGUUGUAAAAGAAAUACUUACUAUGAAUUACCUAAAGAGGAGAAAAAUAUUUUAUCAAGAAAACAAAGAAACACCUAAUGUGGCUCUGUGAAGCUUUGGGGAAGCAGAUUUCUGCAGUUGUCCUGGAGGUACGAAUUUGAAAUGGUGUGAUUUUUCUUUUUAAAGGAAGGACAGGAAGAAUCUGGAAACUGGUUAAAAAGUUCUUAAAUCCUUUAAUGGUAUGAGCUGUUAGUUGAAACUACAAAUCUUUUGUAUUUACAGUCAUAUGAAGUAGGCACUUCUAUUUUGAUAACUAAUAUGAAAACUCCUAUGUGCUACGUGCUGAAAUAUAAUUAGCGUUGUGGCCUGGCUGAGUUGGAGCUAAGGUUUAAGCAUUCGUGGAGUGAUGCAACUAUUCUAUUAAAUCAGCACACAAGACCCUAGCAGAAACCCCUGCAAGACUUUAGCCAUUCACUUUUUGCCAAUAUGUCCUUUCUCUUUCCCACUGUUCCUUAGGUCAUUGUACUUUUCUUUCUGCUAAAACAUUUUUCUUCUGUGCUUCCUAACAGAUGGAGUAGGGAUGUAUGACAACAUUAGAAUUCAAAGGAGACAGAGUAUCCUCCUGUUUCUACUGGUCACCAUCCUGUAAUGCUGUAUUCCUAAUGCAAGAGGGUGCUCUAUAGACACAUUUACGUGCAAUAAAAUACUUUUCUUAGCUUCAGAGGAAACUUGCCAGAACAUUACCCUGAUAAGAACAAUUGUAUUUUCCCUUGUGAGUGCAACUGGACAGAGAGAUAAAGAAAUGAGUCAGCUGUGUGCAUCCGGCAGUGAAGUUACCUUCCUGUAGGUUUUACAAAGACGCCCAUAAAGAAUUAUAAAAUAUUUAACAGUCUUUUAUAUGCAAAUCAAUUCUUUAAUAUUAGACAUUCACAUUCUUUCUGUAGAACAUGAAUCAAGAUUUUGAGUGGUGAUAUUUUUAAAAGCAUAUAUGAUAUUACAUAUAUGUUUGAUAUUACAUCGUGCAGCGUCUCCUGGUAGAUCUACAAAUCCUGCAAACCCUGGAAACCUCAACUUCAAAUCAAAGUUCUGCUUUUGUUCUUUAUGCCACCCUGUACCUAGCAAUACACUACAGAAUCAGUUCACUCCAGAGAUCAGAAGAAAUAAAAGCAAAGAAGGAAGGCAGAAGAUACUAAUAGGGUGGAAGUGUGAAGGGAGAAAAUGGUGGUUUCUACCUGUGGUUUGUUCUGUGAUUCAUGGUGUUCUUCUGGCCUGUCCUACCUUUUUGUUAAAGAAAUGGUUGAGACCAUAAUGAAGAUAGACUAGAAUGUAUUUGUUUCACAUUUGCAAGAGACUGAGAAUGUGCAGUAACUUGAUGAGUGACUUGAAGGAGUGGAUUUUUAUUUUUGGCAUCUUGAUAUGCUUCAGAGAAGGAUUUUCUUUAAUGGAAGGUAUGAGAAAUCCUGAAAAGGAACAUUUUGGAAUGACCUAUUGCCAGAAGUGCUUGAGAGUAUAAAUGUUUUUACCUGUCCUUUAAAAACCAAGCAAAAUAAUUCAGUAAUUUCAGUAUUUCUUGAAAACAUACACCUGUAAUAUGCAAUAUCUUUUUAAAAAAUUCUUCCUAAGUCCUUGCAAAGGAUUUUCAGUGCAUCAUGUAACAUAACUGGAUUUUCUUCUCAA